AGUCGCCCGGGCUGCAGCCGCAUGGACUGUACGGGGCAGCGCGGCACUGGCAUGGUGCCGCUACCACAACCUGACUAGAGGCAAUGGCUGGCAAAGGGUUAAGAGACAAGAUGAGUAACUUCGGCCAGAGCGAGCUGGACCUCAGCUUUCUGCAGGAAGGAGAAGCCAACCGGAUCCUGGAGGUGCUGGAGAGGGACGAGCGGCUGAGGAGGACGGAGCAGGAGCGCCUCAGCAAACUUAAGAGUUGGAAAAGGGAUGUGAAAUGGCUGCACGCCGUGUCCGGAGAGUGGUUCGAGGAGAUCCAGAAGAAGAAGUUUAAGGAUGAUCCUGACGUGAGGAGCCUUGUGGGGCCACCUCUGAACCAUCGUCUGAAGAAGAAAACCCCUAAAGGCGAGCCAGAAUCCUCUAGAAUGACAACAUCUCGAAACUUGCAGUCCCCAAAGAACCCUGGACCGUCUUUCCUCGGACUUCGCUCGCCGUUCUCUUCUUUGUUCUCCUUCAGGAAAUCUGCAAAGAAAACUCUAAAACCGCCAUCUCCGCACGAGAGACAUGGCAUCUUUUCUAUCAGUGGCCAGAUACCUCCAGACACCAAGGUGGACAGAAAGUUUGAUAUUUACCAUUCUACACGAAAUGUAAAACAGAUUGCCAGUUUUUUUGAAGAGCAACUGAACCGAGCACGAGAAAAUGACACCACAAAGGCCACCAACCAGCUUGAGAGGGAAGUUUUUCAAGUUCUAGGAGAUCUGGAUCAAAAACUUGCCCAAGAAGAGAGUCACAACAGAACCCCCAGGAUUAGUAGACUUGCAAACUGUACAUAUGGAAGGCAAUAUAGCAAAGAAGGUUUACUCCAUAAUACAGCAGAACCUAAAAACGUUUAUGGCUGUUUACCUUCUCAUGAUGGAAGAAGAUCUGGGCCACCUGAGGGAACACACACAACAUAUGCCACAUACCAGCCAAGAAAAUUUUAUGAAAUGUACUCAAACCGGCAAAGGCGAGUUUCCAAAUCAGAGGCUUCCGACAAAUCUUUUUACAAUAAGAGUCCUUCGCUCUUUUCAGCUGUAAGCAACAUAACCCCACGAUCAUCUCCUGUGUCUGGCUCAUUUUCAACCAGUAGUUUGCAGCCGUCAUCUCCAGGCCUACACCUGGAGAGGAUAAGGCAAAACAAGUCAAGGAGGACACCUAUCGCAUCCAUCAAGUGGAAUAAUUCAUUUCCAUCUGGGCAUCCUGAGGGGAUCGGUAGACCUUUCAGAACACAGUCUACUUUAGAUCAUACAAAUCUUGAAAAGCCCAACCAUCUUUACAAGUAUAAAAUUGUACCAGGACUACCAGUGUCCACUUCAAAUGACCUGCAUGAAUCCAGAAAUAUCAAAAACCUAACAAACACAACAUGUAUGAAUAUUGUAGAUAACAGAUCCACUGGAUAUGACAUAACCGACUCUCCUGAAGUCAUAUUUUCCACACAACCUGAAAGGCAUUGGGAAGAAGACUAUAAGAAAAAUUAUUUUAAUAAAAAUGAAAUGAGUAAAGCUCCUAAUGACAAUUCGGGCAGCAGUGAAAUGGAAACAGAGCCUAUGGAACUAGAAAGUGAUUUAUCUGUACAACUGGAUGCAAGUAGUGUGGCAAAUGAGGAACCCAGUAUCCAUGAGGGAGAUAUUCCGGUGGAUUGUACUUUACAUAAUCCUGAACCCCUUGAAGUGUCUUCUAUUCACAUAUCAGAACCUGAGAACAUGGAUAUUGAUGCCCCAAAUGUCUUCCUUAACUCUAUAAACUCUAGUACAUCCACUGUUGCUCUUGGCCCUAGUGCUCAAGAAGACAAUGUCCCACCAAAAACAGAAGCGCCUGGAUUAGCACUCGCUGAUCAUAAUCUGUCAUUAGAUACUAUUAAGAAGUUCAGUUCUUUUAAACAUGGGACAGUGUAUAAAGUUGAUACUUCCUCUUUUACAAAUCCUAAAUCUUCAGAAAUUAGUGAUCACGUAAACAAAUCGGAUCAUAAAAGUUCUAGUUUGUCUGGCAACUCCACCGAUGUUGGGGGAAAAUUUGCUUGGAUGAAUAUGAGAAGGGGAUUAAAUAAUCACACAGAAGGUUUUCGUUCUGAUGCCCUGAAGUUUCAGAAGAGAAAUGCAUCUUCUCUCCCAGAUUUACUUGACCAGGACAGUGAAAUUGUGGCUAAUAAUUCUGACGUUAAAUUACACAAAAGGACUUGUGAAAAUGUUUUCGAAUGUGGUGCCACCACUGUUCCUGCAAUACAAUCUUCUUCGAGGAUUUCUUGUGACUCAAAUGAACUGCACUUAGAAAAUAAUUCUAAAUAUGUGCAACCUUGUGUCCAAAAUCAGAUUCCUCAAAAACUCAAAAAUUUGAGUACAAGAAAUGAUCAAUAUCUGCAAAAGCCAAAUAUGUUUUCGGAUCGCUCAAUCGUAGAUGGAGCUUUCAAAAAUCUAGACCGAACGGCAACUUUCCCAGCAGUACCAUAUGAGGCAGAAAGCUUGACAAAAAAGUCUAACCACACAGGUUUUCUGUCAGAUACUCUGAAGUAUAAGAAAAGGAAUGCAUCCUCUCUGUCAGAUUUACUUGACCAAGAGAGUGACAUUUUUGGUAAUGAUCCUGAAAAUAUAUUACGCAAAAACGGUUGUGGGCACGAUGGGGAUUACCAUACCUCCACUGUUCUCGAAACAAGGUCUUCAAGGAUCCCUGAUGAAAGAAAGGAAAGGUACUUGGAGAGCAGUACAAGAUAUGAACAAUCUGUCCAAGAUACUAAUCGGCAACCAAAAAUUUCAACGUCAAGCACUUGGCAGUCUAUACAAAGGGUGUCUCCAUUUUUCCGUGGUUCUGAUUUAUAUUGUUCAUCGAUACAAACGGAGAAAAGGACAACUGAGUCAGAAGUAGCAUAUUGGGCAGACAAAAUGACAGAAAAUAAUAAAGUUAAGAACUUAUCACAUUUAACAGAGACAACUCAAUUUUCCCAUGUACAUGCAAAGUAUAAGUCGGUUAACUUUAACAGAAGCCAAUACAAUGGAUCCGACUCUAAUAAUAAUAAUACACAAUUAAUUGGGGGAAUGCAGACUUCUGACAUUUUAAAUAAAGAUAAAUCAAUAAUUGAAAGGGGAUAUAUUCAUCAAAAACAAGAUCAUCCUGAGAAAGAGCAAGUGAAAUCCUCAAAAUGUGACACCUCUUCCAAACCUAAUCUGUCAUCUGUUUAUCAAAAGGAUGUUGCUUCAUCGCCAAAUCAAAAAAACACUGACCAAAACAGGCAAGUCGAGCAGGGUUGUGAAUCAGAAGGAAACCUAAACCAAAAUUUUAUUUAUCAGUUGGAUCAAGAAGCAAACAAUAAAGCAGAAUAUACAGACCCACCCAAAAUCGGAGACUCGUCAAGGUUUCCUGUCAGCCAUUCUGCGAAGGAGUGUUCAGAAGAAGACAACUUUAGUAGAGCUACACACCUGCAUAACAUAGAGAGUCAGUCAACAAACUUACUAAAACAGCAUUUAUUUGUGGCACCAGAACCUUUCAAAGGAAAUGUCCGUGUAAGUGUCAUCCCCAAGUCGGAGUGGAAAAAUUCUACAAGUUCUGAAGAUAGCCAGAGCCCAACCCACCAGGAAGGCGAAAACAUUAAGAAUUUUGACUCUGAAUAUAAAGCAUCCAAAGAAGAUUUACAACCUCACAAAACAUACACCUGCCAACAAAUCGUUGAAAAUGCUGAAAUUUAUGAGAGUCUUACUGAUAUUUCUUACCCUGAAGUAGAUAAAAUUGAGUAUCGUAAGGUUGUCUCAGUGUAUUAUAGCUUUCCUCAUAAAUUUGCAAGGAGGAUCUCUGACCUAUCAAAAAACAACCUAAAAAACAUUGAUAAGACUCUUCAGCAAAGCAGAGCACCUAGUGCGCUUCUAGAUAUUAUCGGUAGGUGUCACAAGGAAGAACCAGAUUUCAAUCUCCUAAGCUCUAAAGACGUAAAGACUUCCAUUACAGAAGCGGUACAUUCAGUAGAAGAUGUUCCAUCGAAAACACACCAUUUAAAUUUCCACAUCAUUCCUUUACAAACAGACCUCCUGAAAAAUGGCAGCAGAACAAAUUCUGGAGAGGAAAAUGAUGAUUUGGUAAACAAGUUUAGUUCCUUACACAUUUCUGAAAAUGAAGAUAACCACAAAGCACGUGAAGACCCAAAAAAUAAAAACAAGUACAGUCCUUCAGGAUCCUCCCCUAGAUAUUCUCCAAAUUCAUGUUAUUUUACAUUACCAAAUAGGAAAUCCAGUCUCCAAGAUCUGGAGAGAAAUGUUCUGAAGAGAGACAUUGCCAUGGCACUGGACAGGAUCAACAUAUAUCCAGGAAGUAGAAACAUGGAGCCCUCUCCUCCCGAGUUCCAGGAUGUUUUCGCAUCACCAACAGCCUGCUAUGAUAACCUUAAUUAUUCCCCUAGGUAUGAUUUCAUGCAUUUUCAGGAAAGCAGCAAACAAGAGUAUAACGUUAACAACAUUUUUGCCAGAGAUGGUGGUUUGUACAAGAAAAACUCCAUGGAUGAAGGUAUCAUUUUAAGAGAAGACUUGCCUUCAAUCUAUAAAUCAAAAAGUUACAAAGAUUUAAGUCAACACAAGUCAUACAACACAGAAGACAUCUCACCACACACGGACUGCAACACCAGCCCACAGACUGAUUAUAAUCAUCCAGCUUUUAGUUCUGUUAUAAAUCAGGCUAGGCCUUCGUACUGUUCCGAGUUUGUCCAAAAGAAAAUGAAGCCAAUAAAUGCAAAGAAGUUCAGCUUCUCUGUUGACCGUUCAAGUCAAGAAAGUGUCAGUCCACGACAUACUGGUUCCUAUGAUGAUACCGUUCAGCUAUUUGAUGGCAAUUCCCCAUCUGUAUUCCACUCUCCGAACAAUAACUAUCCAUCUCAUGCAGAUAAGUAUUUUGGCCAAGCAAAGCUCAAGGAUGGUGGAAAUUCCAAUUUGUAUCGUUCAAAGAGUAUGAAGGUCUUAAAUACUGAAGGCCAACAAAGCUUUGUGGAUUACAAACGAAAAAGUGAUGGUAGUUUUUCUUCGAAAAGCUACGGUGGCACCUUGAAAAGCAAAAGUCCUUCUGGCAAGACCUGGAACAGGACAUCGUCUGCUGAAAUUUUAGAUGAAAAUGAUAAUUGGCCAGUUUCUGAUGAACGCAAAGCUCUUUGCACAACCAAGUCUUUCGAUUAUGGGAUUUUCGGGAAGGAGCAACAAGAGGCUAUUGUAAACAAUGUAAAGCGGUCACUCACUGAGGGCAGGCUAUGGAGGCCAAGUUUUCUAAAGAAUCCAGGCUUUUUGAGAACUGAAGAACUUUGCUCUUCUCAGGAAAUAAAUCCAGUGGGCCAGACUCCUGAGGAGUCUUCAUCACAGCGGCCAAAUGUUAAAGAAUCUCUUAAUAUCUAUGAGGAUGUGCAUGUCGUUCCUUCAGAUUCAGAUACUGAGACAACCACGGAGGAUGAAUAUUACUUAGAUGAAUAUUACUUCAAUGACAAGGAGUCGGAACUAUAAACUCUUCCAAAAUGUUAACCAAAACAGUAUUGAUGGCUUCACUGACCACUGGUCAGCCUUGUGGGCCUUCUUAUAGUAGUUUAAGUGCAAUAUAAAACCCCUGAGAUCUGGAAUAAUACAUGUAACAAUGCAAAAUGGUAAUGAGCAUUGGUCAGCUCUCUGAUAAAUCUCUGUGCUAAGCCUGAUUCACACGACUGUGCCCGAUCCGGGAAACAUGGCCGUUUAUCUUAAGUCAGUUCCUUUCUGAGCACAAGGCUGUUGUACUGUACCCACAUGAUGAUGUGAGUACAGUACAACAGACCUGCGAUCAGAUAGGAUCCGACUGUAUAAAAUGACUAUAAUGCAGUCAGUAUGGGCCACGGUCAUGCGACUGACACCCGAGCAUGGUUGUGUGAGUUAGGCCUUAGUAUAUUUGCAUUCUGCAGCAUCUUUUCUUAGAAGUCUGCGUGUGCCUUUCCUCCAGUAUUCCUCUUGGAAAUGCAUGAAUAAAUUGACAAUUAGGUGUUAUCAUCCCCUUUUCAAUACAGGGUCUUCCUACACAGUAUGACACUUUCAGUAUGGAUUGGACCAUGACAGACUGUAGGGACAUGCCCCUAGUAACAAGGGGAUUGAUACCACCCAUUUGUCAGAAGUAUCUUUGACUUGGGCCUCAUGCACAUGACGGUUGCCCGGCCGUGGCCGUAUUACGACCCGCAAACAGCGGGUCCGCAAUAUGCAUGCAUUCACUUGAAUGGGUCUAAUAUCCGGAGCUGUGGUACGGAAAGGAGGCACGGAACCCCACGGAAGCAAUUACGGAGUGCUUCCAUGGUGUUGCUGCCCGUGCCUCCGCACCGCAAAAAAAUAGAACAUGUUCUAUUUUUUUGCGGUGCGGACGGAUCACAGACCCAUUAAAGUUGCAGUCCCCAAUGCAUGGAACGGCCGCAUGCAUGAGGCCUUAACAGAAGGUCAUUUUAUCUGGAUUUAACAGAUAUCAGUGGAGGAACAAAGAGAUUGUGCAGAGCGUCAAUGUGACUUUUCACCUUAAAUAAUGUGCUGUUUUUAGAUUAUAUUUCUGCUUAUUAAUUUUUUACUAUAUAUUGUUCAGUGCUUCUUUUUUCUGAUAGAGCCCAAAAUCCCCUGCAUAGCUGUAAAGUUCAAGGGCUUAUCCCAUCCAAACAUUUCUUCAAUAUUGAUAGGAUAUGCCAGGGAUGCCGAACCUGCGGCCCUCCAGCUGUUGUAAAACUACAACUCCCAUCAUGCUAGGCUGUAGGCUAAUAGCUGUAGGCUUUCCGGGCGUGC